ACCUGUUGCACACUCAUCGGUAGUCAUUCAUCACGAUCGUUCGCUACAGUCAGCGUCAGCUACUUUACCCCGAGUGUGCCACGUACAACUAACGAGUCUGAAGUAACUUCCUCCGAUUUUUAAAGUUAAAUUCAACGAAAUAAGACAGCAAGCAAGCAAUAAUGGAGAAAUCAAGUGGAAUAAAGGAAGAUGGAAGUCCAAUGAUUGCUGCAAGAGAAAGAGGACCUGGCCCUGGUCGCUAUGGACUCCCAUCAACAUGUGGUGCUGUACAGCACGACUUCACUAAACACAUGAAACCAUCCUACUCCUUUGGCAACAGACUUGAAAAUUCAAUGUUCGGAAAAGACAUCAGUCCUGGACCAGCACAUUUCAUCAAUCCAGCCAUUACAAGGGGUGGCAAGGAUGGAACACCAGCAUACUCCAUACUAGGCCGUCAGAAAGAUCCAAAUACAUUUAUAACGCCCUCACCAUACGCUUACAGUCCAGAAAAGGUGCACCCACAAGGUGAACGUCACGCCCCAGCUUACUCCAUGAGAGCACGCACACGAUUCAGGAAACGAGACCAGAGCCCUGCUUCCAACAGCUACACUCUUCCUAAUCUGAUUGGACCCAAGGUGCCAAACAAGAAAUCCUGUGCCAGUUUUGCAAUGACAUCGCGCCCCAAGGUCGGAGGUUACUUGGAGGAUAUGUCCAAGACACCUGGACCUGGUAGUCACAACGCUGUCCACCCGGAUAUUACAAAACAGAAGAAGCCUCUUUACUCCAUGCUUGGGAGGAACGUUAUGCCAGGUGAUGGGACCAGGAAGCCCGGCCCAGGGGCUCACAGUCCUGAGAAAGUUGUAGUUAACAAGAAGAAGUAUCCAAGCUUCUCCCUUGGAAUCAGACAUUCAGAAUUCGUUUGUCCGCUCAUCAUUGAUGUCACAGACUAAAAAAAACACUUUGUUUGUACUUGUAUAUUAUUUUAAUUGUUUUUAGAACUUGCCAGUAUGUUUAAAUUCAAUAUCAGGGCCUAGUCUUACUUUAUUCAAGAAACUUCAAUUCAAUACUGACUCUGCAAGGAGUAUGAUUUCCCAAUAGGAAUGAAACAAAAUGUUCACAGAAAACAAGUGCUUCCAAACUUUCCACUGAAGACUAGGUCAAAAGAGUGGAGGUAAUUUUAUGUGUUUAUCAUCAUUUCAACUUGUUAUGAGGAACAAGUAAUAUGUCAGUGCAAAAACAUUUUCUCAAUUUUGCAGUGUUUCAGGCAAGAACAAAUGGUAUGUGCAAAAACAUUGAGACUUUUUAAAUAUUUUUUAACUUGCAUGUAACUGAACUGCUGAUUUAGGAAACGCACUGUUCGCUGACACAACAGAUUAGCGCAACAACAAUUUCGCACAAGUUUAGAACCACCUCGCGGCAAUUGAGGUACAACUAUAGUCAACCCUCACUAUGAAGAGCAUGAUAUAAAGAGAUUCUGUCAAUUAAGUGUACAAUAAUGUAUAUGAAGGCAUGAAUCUUAGUAUGCUUUGCAUUUGUUCUCUUUAUCGUGUAUUUUACCCCUUUUUUUUAAAGACACUGUACACUACAUGUAUUGGUAAUUGUCAAAGACCAGUUUUUUAAAAUAUUUUAUGCAUAUAAAAAAACUUUGAGAAUUUGACUCAAUUGGUUGUCCACAGUCAAUUGGUUGUCGAGGUAACAGGAUACCUAAUGGAGGGAAAACAACUUUUUCCACGAAUUGUGUGCUUUCAGAUGCUUAUAUUUGGGACCUCAUAAUCUAUUUCUGAGGUC